AUGUGCAACCGUAGUCUGCCGAUGCCGGGCACGCCGUUUGGCUGGACCGAGACGUCACUUUUGGCCGACCCGACAGCGCGCAAGCUGGGCCUGGACUGGUUCAGCCAGCACCUGUACCACAACACGGAGCGCAUGCUGGCGUGUGCGCAAAUACCAAGUGCUGGGACGUUCGUCGACAGUAUAUUUCUGGAGGUUGGUGACGGCUUUUGCGACAUUAUCGCGCGCCUGCAAAUCGAGUACGAGCUGCCGCUGCACGAGGCCCAUGCUGCGCUGCGCCCGCACAUGUGGUCGAAAUUUCGCGGCGAUAUGGCACCUUUCUUCUCCGAGUUUCUCGAUCACGAGAUGACCACUGCUAUCGCACCGGAACACAUGCUUUAUCGACGCUGCGUGUUCGACGAGAACGAGUCAAUGUACAGUGUGUGCCGCGAGUUUGCAUCCGAGGACCGCGUUGUCUUUCUCAUGGGCACCUACUCGCACGACGAGCGGCUGCCGCAUUGCAAUCGGUCUCGACCCCGUUUGUUUUGGUUCAUCCUCGAGCGCACAGGCCAAAACACAUCCCGACUACGAGCAAUGCUCUACAAUGCACCGUACCAGUUGUCCGGACGUAGGCAGCCCAUGCGCGAGUUUCUCACGAUGGCGUUUGCGAUCGAGACGAGUGGUAUCGAAGACGACGCAUUGUUUUCCAUCUACCAAGACGCGGUGCGCAAGGAGAUUGCGCCCAAGUUGCGCGAAGAGAUGGCAUUGUUCCGCAUCGAGGCCGCCUCCCGAGACUCUCUAUCAACGCGAUGA